AUGAAAAGAAAGAGAAUACACAGUGGAAAUGUGAUAUUUUUCAUCUAUGUCAUUCUACAAGUAUACAGAUCUUUGCAGGUUAAGAAGGAAAAUAAAAUUGUGUAUGUUGCAAAUGUGAAACCAUGCUUUAUGCAGACUGACAGAAUCAUUCCUUAUUUUAUAUCAACAAUAAAAUGUAGAAGAAAAUAUAAAAAUUUUUUAAGUGAACAUAAAAAUAAAAUCAAAGAUAUAAUUAAAAAUUCCGUAAAUUUGCCAAUUCCGUUUAUGCCUACAACGUAUAACAGUUUCGACAGACAAAAAUAUAUACAACACUUAUGGAAUAGCGAAAAUAUUUACGAAAAACGAAAUUUGUCAAAUGUAAAAAAAUGCAUAUACAAUGACAAGGAAAGAGAUAAGAUAAGGGUGAAGGAAAAGAAGCUUAGCAGAUAUGAUCUGCUAAUGAAUAGAAAAGAAUACGAUUGGGAUCAUCUAAUACCUGAAAAAAACAGAAUAAUAUCAAAUUUUAGUUGGAAACAUGUGCUUGAGAAUGUUCUGAAGGAUAAGAAGAACACACAAGACAGGUACAAAACAAAUAAUAUUAUGAACAAAUGUGAAGAAAAUAUUCAAUACUUGAAAAAAAAUAAAAAUAAAAUAAACCUAGAAAAGAGAAAAAAAAAUCUAGAAAAAUGUAAAAAAAAUUUGGAAGAAAAUAUAAUAAGUCUAGGAAAAAAAAAAAAAUAUAUAUUACAAAAAUUUUAUAAUAAGGUAUAUAAAAAGAUAAGGAUUAUACAUGAUGGCCCGCCGUAUGCAAAUAAUGAUAUUCAUAUUGGACAUAUAUUGAAUAAAAUUAUAAAAGACAUAUAUUUGAAAUUCCUUUUAUUGAAUAAUUAUUGCGUUAUGCUGAUACAUGGCUUUGACACGCACGGGUUACCAAUUGAAUAUCAAAUAAUGAAAAUGCUGAAAAUAAAAAAUGUACAAGAUUUACCGUUACCCACGAAUGCAGAAGUUAAUAAUAAUGAUUCCUUUGAUGGGACAAGUAGUAUAAAUGAUAAAUUUGAUGAGAAUUUUCUAACGAAAAGAUUCAAAAAAAAAAAGUAUUCGAUGAAAGCACAACCUUCCCUUGUUCAUAAUUUACUUUCUAAAGAACAACAUCUUAAUACCCCACUUAUAGCUAAUGAUUUGACACAGAAGAAAAUUCAAUACUUCAAACAAAUUUGCAAAUCAUAUUCUUCCUAUUUUAUUAACGAACAAUUCAUGUCUAUAGUUUCAUACGGGAUAUGGGGUCUAUGGGACUAUACAUAUGUAACGUUUUACAAAUUGUAUGAACAAAUCCAGAGAAAUGUUUUUCUAAAUCUUCUGAAGCAAAAAUACAUCUACAUGAGCAACAGACCAGUAUACCACAGCCACGAGACAAAAACGGUACUAUCAGAUAGCGAAAUAAUAUAUAAAAAUCGAAUUUGUAAUUCUUUUUACUUUUUCUAUGAUUUACACAGAAUUAGUGAUGAUUUAUUAUUGACAAUAGUACGAGGAUACAAGGAGAAUGAAUUAGUUAAUGAUAUCCUUCAGGGGAGUGAUUACGAGAUGCAGAUGCUUUUGGCUAGUUUGGGUUCUACUAGAAAUGAAGAGCAUGGUUCAUUUUCAGAGGGGAGAUAUAGCGAAUACCUCACUGAGCUAAAAGAGAGAAAAAAAGAUAUGAUAAAAUCAAAAUUAAAAAUACUAGUAUUCACAACCCAAAUGUAUACAAUAUUUAACAACAAAUGUUUACUAAUACAUAGAGAUUAUUUAUACAGGGUUAUAAGAGUAAAAUUUGAAAAUUCAGAAACGUUGUUUUUACUUUUAUGUGAUAAAUCAUUUGACAGUUUCUACAAAUAUUUAAAAACAAAUUAUCGUAAACAUAAUAAAAUUGUAGAUGUGAAAACUGUUAUGACUUUGUUAGGCAAGGAUUUUGAAGCAUGUACAUAUGUUAAUUUUAUUAAUCAAGCGGAAAGUAAUUUUGUUCUUAUUUCUAAAAAUGAAAUCAAGGAAUCAUUCGGUUCAGGAAUUGUUCACGUUGCCCCUUCGCAUGGUUUUACAGAUUACAAUUUGUAUUACAGAAACAAUGAAUUGGAGAAAGUUCAUCUGUCUGAGGAACACUACAAUCCAGAUCAUCAUGUCAGUCUGAGUAAUAACCUAGAUAGUGAUAUGUCUUUAAAGGGAAGGGAAAAGACACAUCUACGUAACAAUUUUGCAUGUCCUCAGUUAAACACCGAUUCGAUGGAAAAGAAGACAACAGCGCAUGAACAGAAUAAGAUAAAAAUGGAUAAGUUGAACCUUGUAGAAAAAUACACAACUUAUAUGAAAAAAGAGAAAGUGAGUAAAAAGGAAAAAACAUAUAACCACUCCUCCUUUGAUGUUAUAAAUGAAAACGUGAUAAAUGAAAAUGAUGACUUGAAGGAUGAGUACGCAAAAAUUAUACGAAGGAAUUGUAAUAAACGAAUUGAUCUGAUAAAGCAAUGUGAAAAUUCACCAGAAGGAGAUUUAUUUCUUAGCAGUUUAGGGAAGAGCACCAAAAUUAAUAUCAAUCAAAAGGAUAUACAUUUGUUAUUUUAUUACUCUUUCUACGACAAUAUUUUGUUUUAUUUUCCAUAUGAACAUUCAUAUACAUACGAUUGGAGAUCACAUACUAGUGUACAAAUAAAAUCACUGCUUCAGAUAUAUGUAGACAUUGAAAAAAUAAAAAAAAAUAAAAAUUUUUUUAAAAGUAUUAAAAAAAUAAAAUUCGUGAACAGUAAUGUUAAAAAAAAUUUAAUAAAAACUAUAAAAGAUAGAAAUGAAUGGUGUAUAAGUAGACAGAAAUAUUGGGGUGUGAAUAUCCCACUAAAGGAUAUACACAUUGGUAGAGACUACCAAGUGAACUUUAAUAAACAGAUAAUGGAUGUCUGGUUUGAUUCUUCUGUUUCUUAUCUCUAUGUUAUGUACAUGUGUAAGCAUAUUCUAUUUAACGUUUAUUUUAAAAAAUUGAUCUUAUCACUCCAGCGGGAGAAGAUGAGGCAUGUUAUGCCAUAUCCUAGGACUUUGAUCAGAGUAAAAAAGGAUCAUUUGAAUUUUGAUCAGAGAAAUAACCCUACUAGUGUUACAAACAAUGUGGUCUGUGAAAACAAGACUCAUUUCAAUAUAUAUGAAAUUUACAACGAAAUAGAGAAGCCCAACAUGUCCGAGGAACAGGGGAAGUGGGAAAGCGUGUGCUUUCUCAAUGAAGUAAUAAACAAAAAAAAAAUAUUCGAUCCUUCCAUUAUGUAUGAACGGUUAAUGAGAAAAAUACAAAGUAAGAGAAAUUAUUAUAAGUUGGAAAAUGUUAGUGAUAUUAUUCAUUCAGUUAAAGAUGAAAAAAGAACGAAAGGCUUUUUUAAGAAUGAUUUAGGAAUAUACCUUUGUUGUGAAGGUAUAGACCAGAUAAGGGGUUGGUUUCAGUCCUUUUUUUUUAUAUACUUUUGCUUAAAUUGUAUAGAUGGAAACGACAAAGGUUUAGGGUUGGAAAAAAAUGACACUUCUUUGCCAAUCAAAAAUAUCAUAAUACAUAAUUAUGUUGUUGAUAGGAAUAAUGUUAAAAUGAGCAAGAGUCUGAACAAUGUUAUAGCUCCUCGAAAUCUUUUUUUAUGUAGAAAUAAGAAGAAAGGGUUCAAUUCGCGUGAGGCUGCAUUUUUGGAGAGAAGCAGCAAGAGAGGAGGAGGAGAAGAAGAAGAAGAAGGAGAAGUGAUUCAUGACGCAAAUUAUUUAAAUGACGGCAACACUUUGCCAACUUGUAAAAAUAUGAAGGACGAAGUUGUGGAGAGGAAAUGUGCAAAUGGUGGGGACGUAUCAAAAUUAGAUGCAGCUGGAGCCGUUUCAUCUGAGAAGAACCCGUUAGCGAAAUGUGUACAAAAAAAAAGACACAGUGUUGAAAAACGAUUUAACGCGGAUAUAGUGAGGCUGUGGGUAUGCUGCUACAAUUUUGUAAACAGAAACAUAUCGAUAAGUCACGAAAUAUUGGAAAGUAUCAAUAAGUAUAUAUAUUUAAAAAUAUAUAAUACUUUCAAAUUUGUACUGAAUAAUAUGUACGACUUAAAUUUUGAUAACACAAAAAUUUGUAAAAAAGACUUACAAUUAAUGGAUCAGUACAUUUUAUCUAAAAAAAACAAUUUAAUUAGAUGUUGUUUACAUUCUUAUAAAAAUUUCCAAUUGCAUCUACUUAUAAAGCAUGUACUCAAUUUUGUGUAUCGAGAUUUGGCAAUUUAUAUUGAUUAUUGUAAAGACAGAUUAUAUAUACAUAGAAAAAAUUCCAUAAGUAGAAUAAAUUGUCAAAAAAUUUUGCAUAAGAUAUUAAUCGACAUGUUAAAGGUUCUUUCGCCUGUGAUUCCACAUCUAUGUGAAGAUGUGUAUAUGAAUCUUGAGGCUUUGAAGAGGAACAUGAAGAUGAGUAAAUCGUCUCUACUGGAGGGAAGGGAAGUUCUAGAAAACAGAAAAAAAUUAAGAUCUGUUUUUUUUCUGGAAUUUCCAACUAUUAAAAAAUACAAGGAUAUCAAUUUGGAUACAUUAUUUAUAAUAAAAUAUUAUGUUCAUAAGCAACUGAACAGUGUCUUGUCAAAUUCUUUGCAAGGAGUUGUUUACAUCUACUCUGAUAAUCAAGAUAUUAUCACUUUAAUGAAAUCAUUUUUAAGAACACCAAACCCUUUAUCAGAUUUUAACAAUUAUGACGACCUUCGUUUUCUCUUUAAUGUUUCCAACGUGCACAUUUGUAAUGACAUAAUGCAAGUCCAAAAAAUGGAUAGAUCUUAUCGAACGUAUAAAAUACCCCUUCUUCGAGCGAAUCAUAACUCACACAAGAACAAAGAUAUAGACGAUUUUUUGCAAGAAGGUCCAAAAAAUUCAUCCAUCCAAGACAUGCUUCGUUUUGACGAGAACGAAAAACAUGCUUGCGUUAGCAUCGGGAUAGCGAAGUCAGGCGGUGCAAAGUGUUCAAGGUGCUGGAUGUACGGGACGGUCAGUUCAUUUGAAGGAGAAUUUCUCUGCCCAAGGUGCAAAACCGUUGUUAUCAAUGUGCUUUAUAAUUAA